GCGCGCGCGAAUACACCCCUCAAUCCGCUAAUUAGGGUUUCUUUCUUCUCGUCCGUCCUUCCCAUCUCGCCAUUUGUGGCCUCUUUCCUCUCUCUCUUCCUCGCUGCUUUCUAUCGAGGUAUCUCCCCCUUCCGAUUCAUAAUACCGCCAUCUCCGAGAAGAGAGCAAAAAGUUACUAUUUUGUUGAAAACACAAUUUGGGGUUGAUGAUCGGCAGCUCUACUUAGAUCUCUUGCUCAAUUGACAGUACAAUUUUUUCCUUUUAUUUGUUUCGUCAACCAUGCGCUCUUCAUGGGCUGAUGCAGUCGCGAACGCCGAGAGCUCGGCGGCCGCAGCAGAUACUGCCCCUCGUCGAACUAACUCCUACGUUCCCCCUCAUCUUCGUAACCGGCCACAAGCUUCAGAGGCCCCUGUGGUUGCGAACGGCCCUUCUGCCGCUAGAUUGCCUUCUGCUUUUCCCCCACAAGCAUCUACUGGAAGCCGCUGGUCCGCUCCUUCCCGUGAUAUAGGUCGUUCUGGUGCUGGUGGUGGCCGAGGUGGUGGUGGUGGUGGUGGUGGUUGGAACACCAGAGGCGGAGGUUGGGACCGCAGGGAGCAGGAAGCAAAUCCAUUUGUCAAUGAGGAGGAAACCCACGAAGCUGUUUUUGAUGAUCAGGAGAACACUGGCAUCAAUUUUGAUGCUUAUGAGGACAUUCCGGUGGAGACUAGCGGUGAUAAUGUGCCCCCACCUGUGAACACAUUCGCAGAGAUCGAUUUGGGGGAAGGGUUAAACCAGAACAUUAGGAGGUGCAAGUAUGUGAAGCCAACCCCAGUCCAGCGCUACGCCAUCCCGAUAUCCGUUGCUGGUAGGGACCUGAUGGCCUGUGCUCAGACUGGGUCUGGAAAGACAGCUGCUUUCUGCUUUCCAAUAAUCUCUGGGAUCAUGAGAGGACCACCAUCACAACGGCAAAGAGGCUCUAGGACUGUCUAUCCCAUGGCUUUGAUUUUGUCACCUACUCGAGAGCUCUCUAUCCAAAUACAUGAGGAAGCCAGAAAGUUCUCUUAUCAAACUGGUGUAAAGGUUGUUGUUGCCUAUGGUGGUGCUCCGAUUAAUCAACAGUUGCGGGACUUGGAGAGAGGAGUUGACAUUCUUGUGGCAACUCCAGGUCGUUUAGUGGAUUUGCUUGAGAGGGCUAGAGUGUCAUUACAAAAUAUUAGAUAUUUAGCAUUGGAUGAAGCAGAUAGAAUGCUCGAUAUGGGUUUUGAGCCGCAGAUUAGGAGAAUUGUGGAGCAAAUGGAUAUGCCUCCACCAGGUCAGCGGCAGACAAUGCUGUUUAGUGCUACAUUUCCAAAGGAGAUACAGAGAUUGGCCUCUGACUUCCUUUACAAUUACAUCUUUCUGGCUGUUGGAAGGGUUGGUUCCAGUACUGAUUUAAUUGUCCAGAGAGUUGAAUUUGUUCCAGAUUCAGACAAAAGAAGCUACCUCAUGGACCUUCUCCAUGGCCAAAGAGCUAAUGAAACCCCUGGCAAGCAAGCUUUGACUUUAGUCUUUGUGGAGACAAAGAAAGGAGCUGAUUCACUGGAACAUUGGUUGUGUAUGAAUGGGUUUCCAGCAACCACCAUUCAUGGUGAUAGAUCACAGCAGGAAAGGGAGCAGGCUCUUAGAUCCUUUAAAAGCGGUGUGACUCCUAUCUUAGUCGCAACAGAUGUUGCUGCUCGUGGGCUUGAUAUUCCCCAUGUGGCACAUGUUAUCAACUUCGACCUCCCCAAUGAUAUUGAUGACUAUGUGCACCGUAUCGGAAGAACUGGGAGAGCAGGAAAGACUGGACUGGCUACUGCAUUUUUCAACGAGAGCAGUAUAUCCCUGGCUAAGUCAUUGUCAGAGCUUAUGCAGGAAGCUAACCAGGAGGUACCACAAUGGCUUUCCCGAUAUGCAGUAGCUCGUCCCUAUGGCGGCAGUGGCGGUGGCAGAAACCGACGAGGCGGUGGACCUCGAUUUGGUGGUCGUGACUUCCGCAGGGAUUCUAAUUUUAGUAGGGGCGCAGGAGGUGGUGAUCAUGGUGGAUAUGGAGGCGGUGGCUACGGGUCAUCUUCUGGACAAGGUGGUGGGUAUAGCGGUGCAGGCUUUUCCAGCGCUUGGGAUUAGCGACACCCCCCAUUCAACUGAACAAAUCGGUAUUAAACCUUCUCAGCAAUAUAAUUUUUGCUAGCUCGCAUAGACGAAAUUAAUAGCAAUACCCUGUUUUAAUCCCAUUUUCUCAUUUUGUAACCUCUUUAGUUCUAUGAGGUUUGAAUAUUUGCUAAAAUAUUUCUCGACGCAUUGAUGGUGGUGACAAACUAUUGGGUCUUUCUUCCAGUACGCUCUGGUUAGGUUUCAUCUUCGCCUGCUUCUAUCCUGUCAUGCUGUUUUCACCUGUUAGUCUUAUUCUAGUCGGGUGUAAAUGUGUAAUAUGGUUCUUGUUCAAGUUUUGAAAAUAUUCAGUUAGGCUUUCAAACA